UAAAAUUGUUUCCUAGCCAAAAUAUUCCACCCAACUCUGUCAGACGACCAGUUCAGUAUGUUCAAACGACAUUCGCAGAAUAAAUUUCUUCGCGAACCAAACUUGAUUAUAAAUCAUUUGAUUAUCUAUUCGCAUGUUCGAUUCGUUACUUCAGCACACCUAUGUAUAAUAUUAUUAUUAGUCUGGUUGAGUGAAACACGCGCGAAAAAUUUUCUAUAAAAUAAUCCAGUUUGAAAUUCGCGCUCGAGUAAAAACAAAGUGUGUUGAAAAUAAACAAUAAUAUGUACUUGUAUAAUUCGGUUAUAUUGCUAAUCAUAUCCUCGGUGCUUUAUUUGUAUUGGUAUUUGAAAAAAACGUAUUCGUUUUUCGAGCAACAUGGAAUACCAUACAUCAAACCUACAUUCGUGUUCGGUAACUUGACGGACGUUAUUUUAUUACGUAAAUCUAUGGCCGAAGCUUUUGCAGACUUGUAUAAAAGCCUCGAACCUCAUAAGUUCGCCGGAAUUUACGCUGGGACGAAACCGAUGAUAAUGAUCAGAGAUCCGGAACUCCUGAAGGAUAUUUUGAUCAAAGAUUUCGCUUAUUUCAGCGAUCGCGGAUUUAACGUAGAUCAGACUUUGGAACCGUUGAGUUACAAUUUGUUUCUUAUGAAAGGCGACGAAUGGAGAAAUCUCAGAAUGAAACUGACCACCACUUUUACAACCGGUAAAAUGAAAAUGAUGUUUCCAUUGGUGCAAAGGUGUGCUGAAAAAUUCCAAAAAGUUAUCGAUAACACACCCUCACACGAAUCCAUCGAUAUCAAAGAUCUAGCGGCGAGAUAUACAACAGAUGUGAUAGGAAGCUGCGCAUUCGGACUAGAUACGAAUUCAUUAGAGAAUCCCGAUUCGGAAUUCAGAAUGAUGGGCAAGAAGUUGUUACAAUUCAGAUUUCGAUCACUCUUACGAUUCCUCCAACUGAACAUACCAGCAAAACUAAUCAAAUUAUUCAACAUUACUCUAGUCGAUGUAAAAUAUCAAAAUUUCUUCGGUGAAACUGUUUACAAAACCAUCGAUUAUCGAGAAAAAAAUAACGUGGUAAGAAAAGACCUAUUAGAUUUGCUAAUCGGAUUGAAAAGCGAAAAAUCAUCCGACUUGCCCAAAGACGCCACGGAGCAAGAAGAUUUACAAAAAUUCCUCGACGGAGUCGGAGGUGACAAAGAUGGCAAAAAUAACCUAAAGAUUACCGAUGAAUUACUGGCCGCACAAGCUCUCUUAUUUUUUUUGGCAGGAUUCGAGACGUCGUCGACAAACCUGUGCUACGUGCUUUUCGAGUUAUCGCAAAAUGAACAUAUUCAAGAUAAAGUUCGCCAAGAAAUCAACGACGUUAUUUCCGCCAACGAUGGGCAACUGAACUACGACGUUUUGAAACAAAUGACGUACGUGGAUAUGGUGAUCGAAGAAUCGUUACGAAAAUACCCACCGCUAUCAAUAUUAUCCAGAAGAACGUCGCAAAACUACAAAAUACGCGAUUCCGAUGUCGUAAUACCGGCUGAAACAUCAAUCAUCGUGUCAGUCUAUGGAAUACAUUCGGACGAAAAAUACUACGAUAAUCCGCAGGAAUUUCGCCCAGAACGUUUUACCGAAGAGGAGAAAUCCAAGCGACCGAAUUUCACAUAUUUGCCAUUUGGAGAAGGACCGAGAUACUGCAUAGGAGCACGUUUCGCCAAACUCAACGUAAAAAUGGGUUUAAUUUAUGCACUGAGAAAUUUCUCUUAUCAAGUAUCACCUAAAAUGAAGUUUCCUAUAGAAUUUGAUAAGAAUUUCGGUUUGUUGGCUCCCAGUAACAGUGUUUUAAUACAACGAGAAAAACUAAACGAUUAUUAGAGGACGUAAAUAUUGCGUGUAACAUUAUUUUUCUCAGAUGUUUUUAGCCAAGUAAAUAAUAUGUACUUAAGCACAUUUAGGUCGUCAGCACUAAUGUGUUUCAUUCUGGAAUUCGUCCCAGUAAAAGAUCUGAAAUUUUCAAAUUUUUUAAAAUUUAUAUUUAAAAAAAAAAUCAUCUGAGUGAUUUUGGAAAAAAACAACUCCAACUUGAUCAUUUUGUACGAAUUUUUCAUAAUUAUGAAGUAAUAUUUUCACUAAUUGAUAUUUUUAACGAGUUUUUUAUUCAUUUUUUUUUUAAAUUUUUGAAAGAGUAUUUUUUUGUUGAGAAAUUGUAUGUGACUAGUUUUGUAAAGAAAUUAUAUUUCAAGUGAAAUAAA